UCCCGACCAAAGAAGACACGUUGCACUGACGGCACCUAGAUGAAAGACGUUUUUACUGAUAUUAUUGACGGACUUCUACAAAACACAGUCACGACAUACAUCUCGAACAUUCUCUGCCCUUCACAAAUUUCAACAAAUAGUUAUUGCAAUUUUCCCAUAGUCCCUGAAGGUGGCAUGACGCCUUCCUGUGACUGUGAGAAAGAGGCGUGCUUGUGUUUGGACGGGCAAGGACACACAAGACCGGGUGACACUUGUACUUUCCGAGGGCGAUGGUGACACACUGACCGGGGUUGCUUCGGCCCUGUGGUGAAUGGCUGUAAGCAGAGGAGGCGUUGCCUUCUGGGUGGGUUGUGUCCGCAUCCAUGGCAGAAGGCAACACAUUGGAAGUUUCAAUAAGCCGCUUGACUUGCAGUGGAUCUACCCAACACGUUGUCUCAGCAGCGCGUCAUGGGCCCUGGCGCCCCCCAACAGCUUGAGAUACCAGACGGUUAAGCGAGCCGUUCCGUCCCAUCCUUCGCAUCACGCCAACCGGGCGAGGGUCGCUUACCACGAGGACGACUGGGAAGACUCGCUCGGCACGUACGUGCUGGUGAGACCGAACGAGUUAGUCGGCGAACACGCCGCGGCCGAGUUCCCGUCGUUCGGUCGGACUCGACUAGCGGAGCUCCUGGCUCCGGGGAAUCGUCACUCCUCGGAGUUUUCCUUCUUAUUGACUACGGUCGACGGCAGCAGAGAGGACGACAUCAGCGUCAGCGGCUUCGGUAGAAGCGACGUACGCCCGCGCGAGAGACGGCACGGAUGUUUUCGAAGCCUGUUCGAAGCGGAGCGCUGCCCGGCGCCCUACACGUACGGCUCUCCGUUUUAUUGUUUCCAUUCCUCGGAAACGGAACGGGUGUCCGCCGGCGGACUGAACUCAAGGCGGGAUGUUGGACUUAAAAGACACGAGAUGGAGGAGGAGAUGCCCCAGCUGCAUCCCGCUUCUUUGUAUAGCCACGAAGCAAGAACAGUGGGAUCACACAACGAAGGUGACAGUGAAGGGGAGCAGAAACUGGCCUUGGCGUAUGAAAGACUGAGGACUGAGCUUCCAAAUUUCUUCCGUAAGAAGCACGACUACACCAUGUACUCCCACGAUCUUGAAUUUAUCAACGGUCUUCUCAAUACCAAGACAAGAGGCCGUGCCAUCUACCAAUUCACUCUGUCGCUGUGGCGCCUCCUGUGUCUGUUCUACUUCGCCGAUGCCCGGUUAGAGGUGCUUAAACUGACAAAGCACAUGGAAGAUGGGACCAUUAAGGCUCGCUGGAGGCUCAAGGGCCUUCCUUUCCUUACUCUCAUGCUACGCUUCUACCGCAAAGACAAAUCCCACCUGUACAGGUCCUAUGAUGCUUUCUCCACAUUCUACAUAGGACACGAUGGACUUAUCCACUGUCAUAAAGUUGAAAAGGUGAUGCCGGCGCCGCCCCCAGUCGUGCCCAGAGUCACGUCUCUCCUGGCCAGCGCUUUAGUGGCUCUGGGGUUGGAGGAGAACAGACCCGCACUCAACCUGCUGCCGCUCCUCCUGUCUUCGCUGCGGCAGGUCCGAGACUGACGACUAUUGAUGGCAUAUUGUCGCUCCUGAAUGAAACGCUCACUCACGCAGGUUUUCGAGCUGGAGUAAGUCUAGGCCAACUCUAACGCACGUUAUUUAUGAAUGGCUGUCCUGUGAACAUCCAACAUCUGUCUGGUUUAUCUGCCAAAUGAAUAUUUAAACAAGGUGAUCUUGAGAGAUUUGAGGCAUGUGAUAGAUGAGCAAAUCGCCCCAAAAAAUGCUCCAUUUUCAUCACAACUUAGAUGUUUCAAGCUUGUACAUGUGCAAUAUGACUGCAAUGAAGAAAACUCCAUAGACUGAAAAAUAUCCCUGCACUUAGCUUCAAAGGUGUUGUCGGUUAACUCUGGAUUUACGUUUUCAAAUAUUGAAAAGGUCUAGUAAUAGCGCAGCACUUAAUUUGCCUUGGUUAAUUUCCCCGCAUGAUCUCCCCCACCUCAACACUUGAGAUUUUCAUCCACCUUCAAUAAAGUUCUCAAUAAUGACAACCAGAAUACAA